AUGUCAGAUCAGUCUUUGGGGUUGAUGUCACGGUUUUAUUUACCAUAUGAACAUGGCAAGUUCGGCUCUCAGCUUGGAGUUGUUGGGAAUGAGCGCGGAUCCGCCGCCACAACUUUCUAUUAUGCUUCGAACGCCUUGGAGGUGAAUGUGGUAGAGUCCCAAGGCGGAUUGGGCAGACUAGGUUUCACAGUGAGAAGGAGCGCUGUGUCCAAGAAUGUAACCGCUUUGUCUUGCCAGGCAGGACUGCCGAGCGCCAUUGAAUAG